UAGAGCUUCACGUCCAUCGGCCUCAAUCAACACAUCGCGACAGUCCCGCUGUACCCCGGCCACCACAACCUCGAGUCCUCGCAUCGCUCCCAAAACAGCUUCGACCAGACGAUAACCGAGAAACGAACUCCAAUCCCCCCACUGGCCCUCGGGCUGCAUCAACCAUGGCUGCCACCACCGAAUCGCCCGCGUCGGCGAUCCUCAACCACUCCGCGACCCCCUACAACUUUCACUUCUCGCCCUUCCUCCGACGAACCUAUCAGGUCGGCCUCUCCCCCGAUCGCCCAAUAUGCAAGGCCUUCCAGUCUGGCCACUGCCCCAACGGCACGCGCUGCUCCGAGCGACACGUCGCCGACUCCAAGGUCUCGCAGCCGACAGGCGGACUCAACUCGCUGGUUUGCAAGCAUUGGCUGCGCGGCCUCUGCAAGAAGGGCGAGCACUGCGAGUUCCUCCACGAGUAUAAUUUGCGCAAGAUGCCCGAGUGCAACUUCUUCAUGCGCAACGGCUACUGCUCUAACGGCGACGAGUGCCUCUACCUCCAUAUCGACCCUCAGAGUCGCCUGCCACCCUGCCCGCACUACGACAUGGGCUUCUGCCCCCUCGGGCCCAACUGCUCCAAGAAGCACGUCCGCCGCAAGCUGUGCGGCUUCUACCUGGCCGGUUUCUGCCCUGAAGGUCCGGACUGCAAGGAGGGCGCCCAUCCCAAGUGGUCCAAGGAUUUGGAGAAGCCGACCCUGAAGUCUGAGGAGAAGGAGGAAGAGACACGGAUAGAGCCGAUGCGUGAGGAGGAGAUGGAUCGGAUGAGGGACCAGCAGAGGGAUAGGGAUGAUGGCAGACACGGCCGACAUGGAGGAAGGGGAGGGAAAUGGCGAGGGGGCAGGGGCGGACGCUUCCGCGGGAGAGGAGGCCACUAGUGGAACGAUACGAAACUACGGAUUGACUGUUCUGGGGACUGUAUUAAGAUUUAUGAUACCCUCAUGGGAUUUGGUUUGGGAAAAUGGCUUCGGAGUGGACUGCACGUAUGCACAUGAGCUUUGUCGCUACGAGACAUGGCGUUGAAGCAAGGCAAGACGUUUGACGAGACGUUGAAGAUGAAGAGCGUUUCACAUUAUAUAA